UAAUGGAGCAACGCGGUUUCGAGCGCCGACGCGUUGGAUACCGAAGACCACCCAUCAACGCCUCGACAACGAGUGACCUUCAACUUGUGCCAUUCGUCGCCCCACGACAGCCUCUUGCGGAUAGGAAAUUGGAAAGCAGCAGUUGGAUCAGCCGGCAAUCCAUUGUUUUUUCUUGGUCCUUACACUGUGUCAGCGACAACUCGAAGAUUCCCGUUUUCCUUGCCGUCCACCCCACACUUCAAAUGCGCCAACAUCACAACCUACUGCAUCAUGGACGACAUUCCGACCGGCGCUGACGAUGAUCUCGUUCAGCCACUGGGCUCUCCGAGUGACGCGCUUUUUGGACUCGACAACCCAGACUUCGAUAACCCUAGCCAACCCAUAUCGACGGGCACUCCUGCUGACGAACGCAUACCCAACGAUAAUGCCGACGAAGCCAUCGUGAGUAUCGACCGACGCGACUUCCCUACCAACGACGAGAUCGCCGACAUUGCCCGAGAGCCUGUAUCUUCGACGAAAAAGGACAUACAAACUUCAACACACAUCGAUAUCGGCAACGACGAGCGCAUUUCCUCCACUGCAGUCGGGGUCGAGCUCGACAUUUCCACUGCUGUCAUGUCUGAUGUGGCUAGUGUCUCCUCGAUCGUUGAGCCGGAGGAUGGCCACCAGAUCGAGGAGAGCGAACUACAGACUCCCGAGUUGCGCACUUUUAGUUUCGAGAUCAUCCUUCCGGGCUUGUCGUCAGAAGAACGCGCGCAAUAUACCUCCAUCACCAGCGACGUCGUAAACGAGAUCAUCGAGGAGGUCCUUGGCCCGGAAGGCGAAGUGUGGUACAAAAUGGAGUUCACGGAUGGCCGGCAGGAUGUUGUUCCAUUCGAGGAUCUACUUUCAUACGAAAACGCACAAUAUGCCCUCAGAAGAUUUGAAGGCAACAUGGCUGAUAGCAAUGAAAGUGCCGGCGCUCACAACAACGACAACACAGUGAAGAAGAGGUCGUGGAAGGAAACCUGGGAUGAGUCGGUUACCGAUUCUGAUACCCAAAUCAAUACCAUGGCGCUUGCUGAAGAUGAAUCUUCCGGCUAUCCUCACCGCCAGCGCAAUUCAGCUCAGGGUCAGACCUACCACGACUCUGUGCUGGACUCUGACGAAGAUGUGGCUCCCCGUCGCUCAAAACGCCAGCGUACCUCUACAAUAGAUGACACGCGCCACAACUCAGUUCUCACCUCUGAUGAUGAAAACAUGGGCGAAACCCGCCCGCAAGGCCGCCAACUCAGAGAACGCACUCAGAAGCAGCUCAAGUUAACCAGCAUGGCCUUCACCAACUUGCCUUUGUCUCGCAAUGACGAUAUGGAUGAACUGUCUCAGGAUCUUCCCCGCCAGGCAUCUGAAGAAGAUGACGAUGACUUUCAGAUAAUCACUUCUGACCUUCUGCCCAAGCCCUCCUCAUCUCGGCGUAAGAAAUCCCGGCGACUCAGAGCAAAAGUUAAGCCUGUCCAGCACCCCAGGUCACGAGGCUCCUCAAUUGAGUUUGAGGACCGCCGCCGGUCUGGUAGAUCAACCCGAAACAAGGCCAGCAUGCUGGACGAAGCACUCAUGGACGAUGAAUCGUUUUAUGUCGAGGACACAGCACUAGCCAGUACACCACGGAUCAUCAACAUCAAAGAAGUCUUCAAACCAUUGAAGCAUGACUCGUCAUUCAACCAAUUCCACUCCAACAUCUGUAGCGCCUGCAGCACUGGCUUCACUGCACACAAGGGCGCAUUGAUUGGAUGCCAGGGCUGCUCCAUGUCUUUCCACAAGGGCUGUAUUGGAUACAGAUCGGCUCGAGAGCAUAUCGUCACUAAGGUUGGUGUUGACGACUUCGUUCUUCAGUGCAAGUAUUGCAUCAGAUUCUAUGACAAGAAGGACAAGAACAGCCCAAGACACGAUCGUUGCCAGCAGUGCAAAGGUUCAGGUCGCUCGUGCGCCGCAUUUUCAUCCAGAAAGACCCCAAAGCAGGAAGAGAAGAUUCGUCUUGAAAAUGGUGGCGAAGACCCCAUUACACCUGUGGACCCCUCUCUGGUCAACAAUGCCGACAACCUCCUGUUCCGGUGCACCAUGUGUAAACGUGGUUGGCACUAUGAGCAUCUACCUUCGUCUCAGAUGGACUUGGACUCAUCAGAUCUCCGUCAACAGCGUCUCUCGGAAUACUCCGUCGACUGGAAGUGCAUCGACUGCGGCACGCUAUCCGAAACGAUUCAGACCUUGGUAGCCUGGCGGCCUGCUGAUCAGAAGCCUCUUGAUCCCGAGACGACACACAGCGACUUGAGAGAGGACGAGAAGGAUUACCUUAUCAAAUGGAAGAAUAGGUCAUACUUUCACUGCACUUGGAUGCCUGGCGCUUGGGUUUUUCAUAUCGCCGCGGGAGUCAUGCGCACUGCCUUUGCGAAGAAGAAUGCGGGUCAAAACUUGGCUCUGCACUUCACCAAAUCUGAGGCGAUUCCUCAGGAGUACCUUCUCAUCGAUGUCAUCUUUCAGGCCAAGGUCAAGGGCUCAGCAAGGGGGUCUCUGGAGGAUGAAAUGGAUCGCAUUGGCAACGUUGACAAGAUCUACGUCAAAUUCCAAGGCCUUGGCUACGACGAGACCGUCUGGGACACGCCACCAAAGCCAGAUGCCAAAGAACUCUACAGCGCUUUCAAGGUUGCAUACUACGAAUAUCUCACUGGCAAGUACUUCAGCAGCCCCCCGAAUGGAAAGAUGAAGGAGCGGGUGACCAAGUGGAAAAGCGAGGGUUUCGUCAAGCUGAACCAUCAACCGCCUGGCCUCCGUCGCGGCAAAUUGAUGGAGUACCAGAUCGAAGGUGUUAAUUGGAUGUUAUGGAACUACCACGAAAACAAAAACGUCAUUCUCGCUGACGAGAUGGGCUUGGGCAAGACGGUUCAAGUUAUUGGCUUGAUUUCGACGCUUGUCCACGGCGAUCCAAAGUGCUGGCCGUUCCUCAUCGUCGUCCCGAACUCCACUUGUCCAAACUGGCGGCGUGAAAUCAAGCAGUGGGCCCCAGAACUCCGAGUUGUCACUUAUCACGGCGGCAAGCAAGCACAGGACUUGGCAUACCAUUUUGAGCUUUUCCCGAACAACUCUCAGAGCAUCAAGGCACAUAUUGUUGUCAUGUCGUACGACUCUGCUCAGGACGAUCGGACAAAACACAAGUUCGCCUCCGUCCAGUGGGCCGGGUUGGUUGUCGACGAAGGCCAGCGAUUGAAGAACGACAAGAGUCUGUUGUACACUGCUCUGCGCUCGAUGCGCUUCCCCUUCCGGCUCCUUUUGACGGGCACACCUCUGCAGAACAACAAGCGAGAGCUAUUCAACCUGCUGCAGUUCGUCGAUCCUUCUCAAAACGCAGCGAAACUCGACGAAGAGUUCCAGGAGCUGAACGGACAGAACCUGCCUGAGCUCCAUGGCCGAAUCAAGCAGUACUUCCUUCGAAGAACAAAAGCCCAGGUUCUGAAGUUUUUGCCUCCCAUGGCACAAAUCAUCGUCCCCGUCUCCAUGUCGAUCUUGCAAGAGAAGCUUUGCAAAUCGAUCAUCGCCAAAAGCCCCGAUCUGAUCAAGGCUAUCUUCGCAGAUGACAAGAUCAACAAGAAAGAACGCGGGAGCUUGAACAACAUCCUCAUGCAACUCAGAAAGUGCCUUUGCCAUCCGUUCAUGUACAGCGAGGCGGUGGAGGAGCGAUCGGCGGAUCAUGCCAAGAUGCAUCAGAAUCUCGUUUCGGCAUCCGGCAAGCUCAUGCUUUUGAAUAUCAUGCUGCCAAAGCUGAAGGAAAGAGGCCAUCGUGUCCUCAUCUUCAGUCAGUUUCUGCAUCAGCUGGACAUCAUUGAGGACUUCUUGAAUGGUCUUGGCUUCCAGCACAGACGACUCGACGGCAAGAUCAAUUCCUUGGAGAAGCAGAAGCACAUUGAUGCGUUCAACGAGCCGGACUCUGAAAUCUUUGCCUUCCUCCUCUCGACCAGAGCUGGAGGCGUGGGCAUCAACCUAGCGACGGCGGACACUGUCAUCAUUUUAGACCCAGACUUCAACCCUCAUCAGGACAUUCAGGCCAUCUCCCGAGCUCAUCGCAUCGGCCAGAAGAACAAAGUUCUCUGCUUCCAGCUUAUGACGAAGAACUCGGCCGAGGAGAAAAUCAUGCAAAUUGGCCGGAAGAAGAUGGCCCUUGACCAUGUUCUGAUUGAGGCCAUGGACGACGAAGGUGAACCGGAUGACCUAGAGUCGAUUUUGAAGUUUGGGGCGUCUGCACUGUUCAGCGAAGACCAGGAUGACAAGGAUAUCGUUCGUUACGACGACGCGAGCGUCGACAAGCUUCUUGAUCGGUCUGUUAUCGAGCAGACCAAGACUGGUGACGACGAGUCCGCUGAGUCGCAGUUCUCUUUUGCGCGUGUGUGGGCCAAUGACAAGGCUGCGUUCGAAGACACCCUGGCGGAGGAAAACGAACCCAUGGUCAACCCGAAUGUAUGGGAGGAGAUUUUGGCAGAGCGCGAGGCCGAAGCCAAGCGAAUCGCCGAGUUGAACAAAGAGGUCCUCGGCCGCGGUGGUCGGCGCCGUCGUCAGGCAAUCAACUACAAGACCAAUGGCGCCUCGGGUAUCAUUACUGACAUUGCCGCCGACAAAAGCGAAAGCUCCGAUAACGACGGAGAAUUUGUCGGCGAAGAUGAUGAUGAUGAGCAGGAUACUGACACUGAGAACAGGACUUUGGGAACUGGUUCCAAAGAAGACACGCCAACGCAAGACGCCAAAGACCGACGACGUGAAGGCGAAAACGACGACCUCGCUGAAAUCAACCCCGCAAAAACAGCCACUUCGAAAGCAAAAGUCGCAAAACCCAGCGCAGGUCAAGGCAGCUUCCUCAAAUGGAACCUCAAUUCAGGGCAGAGUCACCAAACCGCAGGCUCUGGGCCAGCCCGAGGCAGCGGAGAAGCUGGUGGCGUCUCUGCCCAGCCCGACAUCCCAAACCACCACUCUGCCAACUUUGGGCAAGGAGACCGCGGUGGUACACCUUUGAAGUAUGACAUGGUCUGGCUGGAUACUUUGCGAAACCCGACUGCAGCAGCCGGCUAUCCCAUGACAACAGCCCAACAAGGCGGUUAUGCAGCUCAGCAACAGUCAAACCCAUUCUCAGCACAGCCAGCAGCCUCAGUCAAUGCUUACGUGCCAACCCAGGCGCGAAGACGUUCGUUCGGUUUGCCCCAGAUGCAUCCUAAUGCACCUACAUGUGCAAGCUGCGGCUUGCGGCAUCUUUCAGCUUCCUGCCCAACAUUCACUUCAGAAGUUGAAUUACGCUUAGCUCUUGACUAUAUGAAGCACUGGUCAUCAAGCGCUAGAAACCCCGUUGCAGAACAAAAACUCGUCGCGAAGCUACGCUACAUAGCCACAACAAGUGGUCGUCGAAGAAAGACAUGAUGAUUUUAACAUACUUGCUAUACAGAGAACACUGCUGACACAGGCCUCUAUAUCGAGAUUUUCAGGGAUGGCAUUGGAAGGAUGGAAAUAAAGGAAGGAGGGCGGAAGCCUCUGGAUCAGGGUUUCUAGGAGGGAAAGCGUUCGUUGGGAGGUAGAGGCAUAUUCUUGCUGGUUGACGCAGUUGGCACUAAUGCUACGUACGCAUGGCUAAAUUGGCAUCAAACUAGAAGCUUGAAGACAGGGCAAAUACACUAGACUAACGUUGUUCUACUUUGAUAAUCC